GAUGGAGAGACCCGAUCGUUCAGUUCGUAGCCUAGUCAAACCGACGUGACAGCAGCGUAACCCAGUGUCCACACUGAGAGAAAGUCGGAACGCUGAUAUCUUCACAUGGCAUACGCAGAGAGCACUUUAGACGUUUAAUCAUACAGUAGAUCUGACGCCGAGCACAGUUUCUCCAGGCAUCUCUCUCCUGUGGGUGUGUGUGUGUGUGUGUGUCCGUUCAGCCCCUCGGCUCCAUGACGGGACUGUGUGCGCUCUGUCUGACCGCGCUGCUCGCAGCAUUCGCCCGGCUGGCCGACAGCGUCAGCCCCGUGGUCCACUGCGAGCCGUGUGACGACGGGGCGCGUGUGCUGUGUACGCCGCUGCCCCUGAACUGCGAGCAGGUAAAGGAACCAGGCUGCGGGUGCUGCAUGACGUGCGCGCUGAGCGAGGACGAGGCGUGCGGAGUGUACACAAGACGCUGCGGUACCGGGUUGAGCUGUCAACAGCGCCCAGGGGAGAGCAAACCACUGCAGGCUCUGCUGGAGGGACGGGGAGUGUGCGCAAAAGCGCCGAACAAAACUACGGUGCGUCCGCAGGUAGUACACGAUAACCCUGAGGAGGAAGGAGAGGAACCUAUCUCCAAUGGUACCAAGGCAACAGGCACAGAAGGGGCCGAGACGUUCCAGCAGACUACAUUUGUAUCCGGGGACACACAAGGGGCGCCAAAGAUAGUGCACACAAAACUGGGGGUGAUCCAAAAGGAACAAACCAAAAAAACCCAGAGCUAUAAAUUCGAGCAAGUUUCCAGCGUGGUCCAUACAGAUAUUCACAACUUUAGUCUGGAGUCGAAGAGAGAGACUGAGUAUGGCCCAUGUCGCCGGGAGAUGGAGAGUGUUCUGAAGAUUUUUAAGAUCUCAAACGUGCUGAACCCAAGAGGCUUCCGCAUUCCAAACUGUGACCAAAGGGGGUUCUACAAGAAAAAAACAGUGCAGUCCAUCCAAGGGACGCAGAAGAGGUUACUGCUGGUGCGUGGACAAGUAUGGACAGCCUCUACCCGGCUUCGAUGGCAAGGAGAAAGGCCAAGUCCACUGCUAUCACCUGGAGAAGAAGUGAGGGGGAGAGCGAGAUAGAGUGGUGAAAACAGGGGGAGAAAGAGGGAUGUUUCCCCUGAAGAACUGCAUGAAUACAACAUCAAUGGUGUGGGGAGAUUUUUCAAGGUGCUGUCCCAAAGCUGACCUCCACACUUGUAUGCUGAGGCACAGACUCAUGUGACUUUACACUUUACACUUCAGGGGAGUGGGGAGAAAGAGAGAGUGUGAUCUGUACUAUUUGUGUUUUUCUGUUUGGACUGUUUCCCAAGAGGGAAGUGUGAACAUAGUCGAACGUACAAGCAAAAUUCAACUCGCAAACAAAAUCCAGCCCUCGGUAACACCGUGUAAGUCCGAGCUUAUGUCCUCUUACGUAUUUGAGGGAUGUUUUUGUACUCAUGCUGUGCGCAUUUGAGUGUGUAUAGGUAGCCAGCCCUCUCUCUCUCCUGCUACAGUGUGUUUUUCUCUCUGCCAUAACAAUCAGCAGCUCUCUCUUAGUCCCACUUCCUGUUUCUGCCAUCCUGGUGUAGCGUCGUUUAAACUGGGCAUGCUCAGUGGCACUAGGCAGCUCUUGCCAGCGACUCCAUCUGAAGCACAAGCACUUCAUGCACUUUGGCCCCUCAUUGAAUACAUACUCCAGCCUUUUACUAUAGCCUUGGCAUGCAAACAAACAUAGUUAAAUUCAAAUAAUAGUUCAAAAAGUUGAUCUAUAGAGAAAUUCAACCAUUAAGAACUGAAUUUGUAAACUAUUAAAUACCAGGAUUAUUUUUAAGUUCAAUGCGAAUAUCUUCUUUCUGUUCCAUUAUUUUGCAUCUACCGUAUAUAUUUGUUUGAAAAUUUUUGAUUUAUACCCAAGUAAUGCAUCUAAGAGCUGGCAGCUUGUGUAGUUCUUAUGUCCUACUGGUCUUAUAUUCAGUUAGUGGGACUGAGUCGUGGCUUGGAUUGAUAUGGGCCCUAAAAUUUAUCCACAAGGGCAUUAUCUCACCAGACUUUCAAAACAUUGUAAGCACUUUGAACAUAAGAUUGAUACUCCAGAUGCUGAAUAUGGCCAUCAUUGUCUUUCACAUUUCAAGGCCUUUGCUGAAAGCAUGUAUCGCUAUGUAUUUUUUAUGGGUUUGAAUGUAACCGUAACGCUACAGUGCCCUGAAUUAACGCUGCAAAAUCAUUGUAGUCUGAAGCUACUUUCCAGGCAGGUUUUGAUAUCAGUGCCUUAAUGAAACCCGUGCUACAGUCCAACAUGGCUUCCGUGUUAGACAACUGAUUUGAAUUACAUGGCUUGUGGUGUUGUCUCGAAACUGACCUCCUGAGAAAGACUUGAAAAAUAGAUUGUGUCAGAGAGGUAGCCCACAUAUUAGCAUAGCAUCAGCUAAAAGCUCAACCCCUUCCCAAAUAACUAAAACAAAACAAACAAAAAAGAGACUAAACAAAAUGUUUGGUGCUAAUUAUCUGACUUGAUUAUGGGGAAAGAGCAUGAAAGACUGUUUAGCUAUUUGCCCCUUCUUUAACUUGUACUUGUGUUUUAUUUUAUAUAUAUAUAUAUAUAUAUAUAUAUAUAUAUAUAUAUAUAUAUAUAUAUAUAUAUCGAUCAGCCACAGCA